GUGGGAGCGGUUUGCUCCUCCACAUCAGACUCCUUCUAACCCUCCGUGCUGGAGGAGCGAGGAGGAACCUCUCCUCUGUGUUUAUUCCCCACCUCUCCGCGGACACACGGAUAAUACCACACCACGGCUGGGAAGAUGGUUUUUCUGCUGCAUAUGGUUACCCUUUACACUCUGAGCGUCUUCAGCGGAGCAUCCGCCGCCACCCACUAUAAUUGCAAUGGUCCCCUGGUAUCCACGUUACCCCAUUCAUCCUUUCAGAGCUCCACUCAGUCCUCAGUCAGUUAUGCUGCUUACAACGCCAAGCUCAACAGAAGAGAUGGAGCAGGAGGCUGGUCUCCCAUGGUGACUGACCAAGAGCCCUGGCUCCAGGUGGACCUCAGGGAGCAGAUGGAGGUGACGGCUGUGGCCACACAGGGACGGUAUGACAGCUGGGACUGGGUCAGCAGUUACCUGCUGCUCUACAGUGAUACGGGCCGGGCCUGGAAACAGUACAGACAUGAAGACGGUGUAGGGAGAUUUGUUGGGAAUAUGAAUUCGGAGGCCGUGGUCCAGAACAAGCUGUCCCACCCAGUGAGAACACGUUUCCUGCGUUUCAUCCCUCGCGAUUGGAACCCCAGCGGCUGGAUGGGCCUGAGAGUGGAGGUGUACGGCUGCUCGUACAAGUCCUACGUGGCAGACUUUGACGGCAGAAGCUCCUUGCUGUAUCGGUUCAACCAGAAGUCUAUGUCAACGGUAAAGGAUGUGAUCUCUCUGCGCUUCAAGAGCCAUCAGGCCGAGGGCGUUCUACUGCAUGGAGAGGGGCAGAGAGGAGACUACAUCACCCUUGAGCUUCACCGAGGAAGACUGGACCUCUACCUCAACUUAGAUGACAGCAGGCUGAGAUUCAGCAGCGGCCGUGUUGCCGUCACUGUGGGCAGUCUGCUGGACGACCAGCACUGGCACUCUGUUCAUAUAGAGCGCUUCAACAAGCAGGUUAACCUUACAGUGGACUCCCACGCACAGCACUUCCAAACCAAAGGAGAAGGACACUCAUUGGAGGUGGACUACGAGCUGAGUUUCGGAGGUAUCCCGCUGCCUGGUAAACCUGGAACCUUUCUUAGGAAGAACUUCAACGGCUGCAUGGAAAACCUCUACUACAACGGAAUCAAUAUCAUAGACCUUGCAAAGAGACGCAAACCACAGAUACACAGUGUGGGCAAUGUGACCUUCUCAUGUUCGCAGCCCCAGCUGGUGGGCUGCACCUUUCUGAGCUCCGGCAGCAGCUUCCUGUCACUUCCGUCAGCAGCGUCUGCCACAGGGGGUUUCUCAGUUCGCUUUCAGUUCAGGACAUGGAACCCGGACGGACUGCUACUCUCUGUGCAGCUGAGCCCAGAGCCCCAGAGACUGGAGCUGCAGAUCAGCAACACCCGGCUGUACCUGACCCUCCACAACUCCGGACGACAGAAAUCAGAGGUGUCUGCUGGGCACAAAGUCAACGAUGGUCUGUGGCACUCUGUGAGUCUCGACACCAGGAAUCUGCACAUCACUUUGACUGUAGAUGGUGAAACAUCGUCCACAAUUGAACUGUGGGAACAGCUGGAAUCGAGAGGCAACUUUUAUGUUGGAGGUUGUCCCACCACGGACUGUCAGCACCAGACUCCAGCCUUCCAGGGAUGCAUGCGGCUCAUAUCCGUCAAUAGGCAGCCGAUGAAUCUCAGUCACAUACAGCAAGGAUUGCUGGGCAGUUAUAACGAGCUUCAGUUUGACACCUGCAAUAUAAGAGACAGAUGCCUUCCCAACCUGUGUGAAAAUGGGGGCCGCUGCUCCCAGACCUGGAGCUCCUUCUCCUGUGACUGUUCAGGAACCGGGUACUCUGGAGCAACCUGUCACAACUCCAUCUACGAGUCAUCUUGUGAAGCCUACAAGCUGAUUGGCAGCUCCUCGGGCUUCUACUCUAUUGAUCCAGAUGGGAGUGGUCCCUUGGGGCCCACACAGGUAUACUGCAACAUGACAGAGGAGAAAGUGUGGACAGUUCUGACACACAACAGCACAGCUCCAGUUAUAGUCCAGGGCUCCUCUCUUCACAAACCUCACGUCAUGAAGUUCAACUACAGCGCCUCAGCUGAACAACUUAAUGCCAUCGUAUCAGGGUCGGAGCAGUGCCAACAGGAAGUGGUUUACAACUGCAAGAAAUCCCGCCUCUUUAAUACAAAAGAUGGCAGUCCGCUGUCAUGGUGGCUGGACCGGGAAGGAGAGAGACGGAGCUACUGGGGAGGCUUCCUUCCUGGAGUUCAGCAGUGCUCCUGCAGCCUGGAGGAGAACUGCGUGGACAUGAACUACUUCUGUAACUGCGAUGCUGAUACGGACACAUGGGCUAAUGACACAGGAGUCCUCUCCUAUAAAGACCACCUACCAGUGAGCCAGAUAGUGAUCGGAGACACCAACAGGACGGGCUCGCAGGCCGUCUACCAUAUCGGCCCUCUGCGUUGUUAUGGAGACAAGUCCAUAUGGAACGCAGCGUCUUUCUACCAGGAGUCCUCCUACCUUUACUUCCCCACCCUGCAGGCUGAGCUCGCCUCUGAUAUCUCCCUCUACUUCAAGACUAGUGCUCCUUCAGGAGUGUUUCUGGAGAACCUGGGCCUGAAGGACUUCAUCAGAGUGGAGCUGAGCUCUCCCUCAGUGGUGACUUUCUCCUUUGAUGUUGGAAACGGUCCGGUGGUCCUGUCUGUGAAGUCCCACCUGCCUCUGAAUGACAGACAGUGGCACUACGUGAGGGCAGAGCGCAACGUGAAGGAGGCCUCCCUGCAGGUUGAUCAGCUUCCCCUCCGCUUCCUGGAGGCUCCAGCUGACGGACACCCCCGCUUACGGCUCAGCAGCCAGCUGUUUGUAGGAGGAACAGCAUCCCAGCAGAGAGGCUUCCUGGGCUGCAUCAGGACUCUGACCAUCAAUGGUGUGAGCUUUGACCUGGAGGAGAGGGCCAGGAUGACUCCUGGGGUGAGCUCCGGUUGCCCUGGCUACUGCAGCGGCUCCAGCAGCCUCUGCCACAACAGAGGGAGGUGCAUCGAGAAGAGCAACGGCUACGUGUGCGACUGCUCCCAGUCUGCCUACGGAGGAACUACCUGCAACCAAGAGGUGUCGGUGUCCUUCGACAUGGAGUCCUCGGUGACCUACACUUUCCAGGAGCCCUUCUCGGUGAUGCAGAACAGAAGCUCGCAGGCGUCCAGCGUUUCCACAGAAAGCAGCAGCCGGGCCAGAGAGGACGUGGCCUUCAGCUUCGUUACCUCCCAGAGGCCGGCAUUGCUGCUGACUGUCAGCACCUUCAGCCAGCAGUACAUCGCUGUCAUCCUGGCCAAGAACGGGAGUCUGCAGAUCUGGUAUCACCUUCAGACAGACAGGAGUCCAGAUGUGUUCAGCCCCGCCCUCAAUAACCUGGCAGAUGGACGACUCCAUCGAAUCAGAAUCCACAGAGUGGGCAAAAACCUCUACGUACAGAUCGACCAGGACAUCCACACAAAGUACACACUGUCAUCUGAUGCAGAGCUGAUCUUAAUCAGAUCCCUGACAUUGGGCAAAGUCACCAGGAGGGAGAACUUCAGUGAGAAAGUAAUGCAAGCAGCUUCUAAGGGUUUCAUUGGCUGCCUCUCCUCGGUCCAGUUCAACCAUGUGGCGCCACUGAAGGCAGCGCUGACGAAUCGGGGAAGUUCACUGGUUACCAUCCGUGGUCCACUGGUACAGUCCAAUUGUGGCGCGCUGGCAGAGUCCACCUCGCACACGCUGCAAGAUCAAACUGUAACAGCGAAUAAAGACAAGGAGCAGCAUGGCAACAGAACCCAGAAGGAUUUGGCUGUAAUAGCAGGUGUGGUCACAGCAGUGGUCUUCAUCGCGGUGUGUGCUCUGGCUGUGGUAAGCCGCCUCCUCUACCAGCAGCGGCGGGCCCAGAGGAGCAGCAGCAUCAAAGAGGAGAACAGACACAGCAUGUACACGGACUACAGGACAGAGCUGCACCUCCACAACUCAGUCAGGGACAACAUGAAGGAGUACUACAUCUGACUACAGUGUGCACUCUGUGGACCUAAGACACAAACUUACCUCUCUCUUAUAAAGGACUAACAGGUGGACGAGCUUCUGCAGGAUUUCUUAAAACAAAACAUCUCUGUGCCCUGGAAGUCUCUCAGGAACACUACGAAAGCCUGUAACCUGUAGUCCACUCUCGUAAUGCUCCAGUACAAGCAAGUGGCUGAAUCUUUACAGCUGUUAGUGUAUUUGAUGUUGGUGAAACUGUCAGAAUCAAGCUGCUGUGGUUUCCGUCGUUGCAAAUUGUGUAAAGCAAAAAAGAUGAAUGUUCUGCAGUGGUGGACCGAAGAGGACAUCAUGAGCGCAGCGAGCGAAAGCUGCCGUCCAUCCUGAAUGCGCACAACUUACAAUGUUUUGUUUGAAAAACUCAAAUGUUGAAGAUUUCAACAUUUCAGUGGGACUCUAGAAAUUGUACUUGCAAGUCAGGAAAUGUAGGCCGGGCCUGUAAGAUAUGCGUGCAUUGGCUGCUGUCUUUGUUUUGUCAGUGGUGGUGAAUGUUGUAGAAGAAGUAAAGGGGACAAUACUGCCUAUACUGUAUGAGUGCCUAAUUUGCAUACAAGUUUUUAUUUGAACAUUUUAGAAGUUAUUCUGAUUUGCACAAAGCAUUUACAUAGAGAUGAGCUUAUUGUCAUUCACUUCUCCAACCCACACUACAUAGAAUAGAUGGAAAUUUGAAUUUCUUGUACCAGUCGGCCAUCAGUAUCAGGUGACUCAGUGUUUCUUUCACUGAGCCGCACUCUUUGAAGUAGCCUGGAAAUGAACAAAUCUAAAACUAAUAUCCAUUAAAUCCAGAAAGUUGUGAUCUUUUACAAGGUCCAUACAUCUCACUUCCGAGAGUUUUGGGUUUUCGAGUCUUGCCCCUAAGAAGUCAUUGUACACCAUGAAGGUCACAUAUAUUUAGUAGGUAAUAUUUAACUGAUGGCUUAUGAAAUUAUGGGUCUUUUGUAUUUAUUUAAAUUGUGCAAAAUCUACUUGUGUAUUAUUUUUUAAUUAAAGAUCCAAAAAAGUGUGUUUAUUGUAUCAUGAGAGUAGCUGGAAUAAGAAAUAAAAGAUUUUAGUAUUCAAAUAAAUACAAAUUGAUACAAACUGCUGGCAGCCAAACAGUAGUAUCUAGUAGGAUAAAAACUGACCCUGGUAUAAACAAAUCUGGCAAACAAACCCCCACAAGCAGUAUCUUUGGUGUUCUUUGGCAUACGGGCAGCAGUUUGGUGUGUACAGGAAGUGUGGAGCUGGUUUAACCAGCAUGCGAGUCGAGUCAAGUUAUAUAAAACAAUCGCAGCAGCAAGUUUAUCGGAGCUUGUACAGCUGUCUCGGGUUAAAUGUGUCAGUCAAAACCUUCUCUACUACACUUUGUCACAGUACUCAGUUCGAGUUUGUACCACUGUUUAAACUUAUAAUGCUUAUAUGUCAUUUGCUAGCUUGGUCAUAUGGUAUAAGUAGGCAGGGAAAGGUUGGAAGUAUGGAAGUAGUAUGUACCAGUGUAUACCCGGUGCAUACCAAACUCAAACGGUACUGGUACAAAAGUUCAGUUUGUCCAUUAAUUUGCUGCGCUGUUCAGCAGUGCUAAGAGCUUUUCGCAACCAAGAGAAAGACCACCGUCCUUACUGUACCUUUUUUAUCAGUUAUUUGGAUUACAGGGAUAAAUGAUGUCUACUAUGUAUUUUAGUCACAAUAUCACAGCACUUUUUUCUAUACGGCUUACAGUGGUUGAAGAAAAAAUCCACACACACACACACAUAGAAGACAACCUACCGAUCCUGCAAGUCUGCAUACACAUUCAGAUUACAGCAUAGCAUGGAUGGAAAAUGAAGACGACUUUGCUUUAUUUUUUUUUUAUUUUUUUUUUGAAGAUCCUUACCACAACUGUGUCAAAAAAUAUGAAAAAGGUGGUGCCAGAGUAAAAGCAACGUUACCCAAAUUUUAAAAUCAGCCUGCUCUACAUGAUCAGACUCAUUAUCAUUGGCUUCAGGUCCUCUUGGCAGGUUACAUGUCUUUGCCUGUUGUACUUUGAGCUUAACAUGCUAAAAAAUAAUGAAUAAGCCCAAAGAAAAGCUGAAUCUAAUGCUUACAGAAAUGUUUUUGUUUUCUGUGUAUUGGAUGAGACCUAAUUCAUCCUCUUGGACUCUGUACAAAAUUUCAAGAAAAAGCAAUCAAGCAAAUGUGAAGAUAUUUCACACAAUGAUCCCAAUUUUUUUGGACCAAUGGACUAACGGAUGGACAAAUGGAGUAAAGACAAACAAUAUCGCCCUUUCUGGAGCUCCACCGCUACCAUGGCUAAAGAUUACAUGACUGAAAGUGAGAGUGGCAUGGUCAAAAGAUAGGGUCUCUAUCCUUUGGACCCCAUCUGUGCAUGUCCUUGUUAUGUCUCAAGAUGUGAUCUCUAGUAUCAGUAAAUGAACACAUACCUCUCAGAGUGUGCAAUGGGUAAUAUCAUGUGGUUAUUUCUUCUUCUUCUUCCAAUGAUUUGUAUAGCUGCAGUUUUA